AUGAGCUCUCUCAAGCGAAAGGAUGCCCCUGGGGGUACUCCUCCAUCGAAAGCGGCAAAGGCCUCCAAGGUGUCCCGGCCCUCGAAGCGCGAUACUCCCACCAAGGAAAGGAAGGACAAGAAAACGACUGAGGAUGCUCCCGCGCCCCGGGCUCCCGCAGUCUCAGCGCUGCUCAAGGACGACGAGCCUUUGUUCCCCCGUGGAGGCGGCAGCGUUCUUACGCCCCUCGAGCAGAAGCAGAUCACCAUGGAGGCGAAGGCAGACGCCGCAAAGGAAGAGGCCGAACUCUUCGACACGAAUGUGAAGGGAAAGGCAAAGAAGGAGAAGAGGAGGAAAGCAAAGGAUACCAAAGAUAUGAAGCCUGCAAGAGAUGAGGAUGCCGUCAAAAUUGAAGGUCUCAACUUCAAGCGAUUGGUGAAGGGCUCUCUGGUGCUCGGCCAGAUUAGCACAAUCGACCCGGUCGAACUAACGAUCGCACUGCCGAACAAUCUUACAGGACAUGUGUCAAUCGCUUCGAUCUCGGACACAAUCAACUCCAAGCUCGAGAAAGACGCCGCCGACGAAAGCGAAGACGAGGAGGAGGACGAAGACGACGAGGGCAUUGACCUCAAGUCUAUGUUCAAGGUCGGCCAGUAUGUUCGCGCACAUGUUCUGUCGACCGCAGACGAGUCCGGCACCGGGAAGCCCAAGCGCCGCAUCGAACUUUCCCUUCGGCCCACCGACGCCAACACUGGCAUCUCCAGUGACGAGGUUGUCGGGUACACAACGCUCAUGGCGUCAGUCACCAGCGUCCAAGAUCACGGUUACGAGAUGGACUUGGGUAUUGAGGGCGAUCUGAAGGGUUUCCUCGCCAAAAAGGAAGUCGGCCCCGACAUGGAUGAGGCCAGCUUGCGACCAGGCGCGGUCUGCCUCUGUGUUGUGAAGAGCGUUACCGGCAUUAUCGUCCAACUGUCAACCGACCCUCUCAAGCUGGGCAACACCUCGCUUGUGGCUUCCACUGCUCCGACGAUCAACUCUUUCCUGCCUGGUUCCCUCGCCGAUGUUCUGCUCACCGAAGUGACCAGCCGAGGUCUGCAGGGCAAGCUCCUCGGGCACUUGCCGGUUACCGCCGACUUGAUUCACUCAGGCGUUGGUCCCGAGGGUGUCGACUUGGAGGCCAAGUACAAAGUGGGCAACCGCGUUAAGGCGAGGAUCAUUUGCAACUUCCCGGCUGCGCGAGAGCCCAAGCUCGGUAUGUCUCUGCUGCCGCACAUCGUCUCUAUGCAGCCGAAGUCAUCCGGCAAAGGCAGCAGAGCCAAGGCUCCUCUUGACCUGCUUCCCAUUGCUUCAUUUGUGGAAAAGUGCACUGUACGCCAUGUCGAGCCUGAGAUCGGUCUCUAUGUUGACACUGGCGUUCCUGGCAUCUCCGGGUUUGUUCACAUUUCUCGCGUGAAGGACGGCAAGGUCGAUGCGCUGUACGAAAGCAGCGGCCCUCACAAGGUUGGCUCAACACAUCGCGGCAGAGUCGUCGGCUACAGCCCUCUGGAUGCCAUGUUCUUGUUGUCAUUUGAGCAGACUGUUCUUGACCAGCCUUUCAUCCGUCUUGAGGAUGUGCCCGUCGGAGAGGUCGUUACUGGUAAGAUCGAGAAGGUCAUUAUUGGCGAGAACGGUGUUAGCGGCUUGAUCGUGAAGUUGGCCGAAGGCAUCAGUGGUUACGUGCAUGAAUCACAUUUCGCCGACGUCAAACUCCAGCACCCCGAGAAGAAGUUCAGAGAAGGAGUUACCGUCAAGGCCAGAGUGCUCUCGGUGCGGCCGCGAAAGCGCCAGCUCCGCCUUACCCUGAAGAAAACUUUGGUCAACUCGGAUGCGCCAAUUAUCAAGAACCUCGAAGAGGUUGAGGUGGGUCUGCAAACUCCGGGAACAAUUACAGAAAUCGGUUCCGCCGGUGCUCAGCUCGAGUUCUUUGGCGGUGUUAGAGGAUUCCUGCCAGUGUCACAGAUGAGCGAGGCCUACAUCAAGGACCCUAGAGAGCACUUCCGUGCCGGCCAGGUCGUUAGCGUUCACGUCCUCAGCGUGACCCCCGAGGACCGCAGAAUGAUUGUUUCGUGCAAGGAUCCUUCGGCUUUCGGUUUAGACAAGCAGGCUGCGCUCAAGGCACUGAAGAUUGGCGACAUCGUCUCUGCCAAGGUCAGCCAGAAGACUGAAGAUGAGGUCUACGUUGAUCUUGAGGAGAGUGGUCUCAAGGCCAUCAUCCGCACUGGUCACCUCUCAGACAAGUCUGCCAGCAAGACCCAGGCCGCUCUGAAGCGCAUCAAUGUCGGCAACACUCUUACGGAGCUGAUGGUUUUGGACAAGAACGAGCUCAGACGUGCUGUUAUCCUUACCCAGAAGCCUAGCUUCAUUGAAGCCAGCAAGAACGGCACGCUUUUGACAAGCGUCGAGGAUGCUAUUGCCGGUGCUACCGCGCCUGCCUACGUCCGGGAGAUUGGCCCUCACGCUGUUUACGUUCAGUUUGGUGGCAACGUCACCGCCAUCCUCCCCAAGAGCAAGUUGCCAAAGGAUGUGCAAGACAAGGAGGCAUUCGGCAUGCGCAAGUACCAGAGUAUCGAGGUCCAGAUUGUGUCCUCCAACCCUGAGCAGAACCGCAUCAUUGUUGCGCCAGCCUCGGCCGACAAGCCUGCUCCCACUGUAUCCGAGUCCGCCGUAAACUCUGUCGACGACAGCAUCAAGACACUCGACGACAUCGCUCUCGGCACAACUCUCAACGCCCAGGUCAUGUCCGUCAAGAACACGCAGCUGAACGUCAGAGUUGCCGACAACAUUCAGGGCCGUAUCGACGUGUCGCAGUUUUUCGACAAGUGGGAGGACAUCACCAACCGCAAGAACCCUCUGCAGAAGGUAAAGGCGAACGAGAUCAUCCGCGUCCGCGCUAUCGGCAUUCACGACUCCAAGAACUACCGCUUCCUGCCUUUCUCCCACCGCUCCACACACUCCGUCAUCGAGUUCUCCGCCAAGAAGAGCGACCUCGAGACUGAGGAGGUCGAACUCCUUGCCUACGACAAGAUCAAGGUCGGCUCUUCUCACAUCGCUUUUGUCAACAACCACGGCAAGAACUGCUUGUGGGUCAACAUCUCACCCACUGUCCGCGGCAGAAUCGGCAUCAUGGACGUUUCUGACGACCUCUCCCACGCUGGCAAUCUCGAGAAGCACUUCCCCGUUGGCUCUGCUCUCAAGGUCCGUGUGGUCUCGGUCGAUGCUGAGAAGGGACAUUUGGACCUCUCAGCUCGAUCAUCCACCGGCUCUACUGAGGUCACUUGGGACUCCCUGAAGAAGAAUGUGGCCCUCCCCGGCAGAGUGACCAAGGUUAACGACCGCUCCGUCAUGAUCAAGCUUAGUGAAUCUGUUUCGGGACCAGUUCACUUGGUUGAUCUCUGCGAUAACUACGACGAAGCCAACACCCUCAAGUACAACAAAGGCGAAAUUGUCCGCAUCUCUGUGGUGGAGGUUGAUAAGGGCGACAAGAGACUCAGACUGUCAACCAGACCCUCCCGCAUUCUCAGCUCCACGUCGCCUGUCGCGGAUCGCGAAAUCACCAGAGUGUCCCAGAUUGCCUCUGGAGACAUUAUUCGCGGUUUUGUGAAGAACGUGACUGACAAGGGUGUCUUUGUGCAACUCGGCGGCACCGUCUCUGCCUUGGUCAAGAUUGGUAACUUGUCUGAUCGUUACAUCAAGGACUGGAGAGGCGCCUUCCAAGUUGACCAACUAGUCAAGGGCCGAGUGAUCAACGUCGACGCCGCUACCAGCCAGGUCGAGCUUAGCCUCAAGGCCUCCGUGGUUGAGAACGACUACACGCCCCCCGUGACGUACAAGGAUGUUAAGGAGGGACAGAUCGUGACCGGAAAGGUCCGCAAGGUCGAGGAGUUUGGUGCAUUCAUCGUAGUCGACAACUCCCUCAACGUCAGUGGCCUGUGCCAUCGCAGUCAGAUGGCCGAGAAGCCCGUUGAGGAUGCCCGCAAGCUCUACAACGAGGGCGAUGUGGUCAAGGCCAAGAUUCUCUCAGUGGACGAUGAGAGGAGGCGUAUCACAUUUGGCCUCAAGCCUAGCUACUUCGAUGAGGACAGUGAUAUGGAAGACGCCGAUGGAGGUGCGGAUCUUGAGAGUGAUGAGGACUCUGACAUUGAAAUGGGAGACGGCGGCGCUCAACUCACCAUUAGUGGCACCGACAACCUCGAGGAGUCUGACGAGGAAGACGAAGAGUACGAAGACGGUGACGAGGAUGAGGAUGAGGACAGCGACGUGGAAAUGGACGAAGACGCGACAGCUAGCAAGGGUCUCACCUCUGGCAAGUACGACUGGACUGGCGAUGCGUUUGACGAUUCAGAAAACGAGUCAAAGGCCAAGUCGAAGAAGUCAAAGAAGACCGAAAAGAAGGAGGAGAAGAAGAAGGGUGGCGAGAUCCAGAUUGAUCGUACAGGCGAUCUUGACGCCCACGGACCGCAAACCGCCACCGACUACGAGCGUCUCCUGUUGGGUCAGCCCGACUCAUCCCAACUAUGGAUUGAGUACAUGGCUCUGCAGAUGAAGGUUAGCGAGCUGUCCAAGGCCCGCGAGACUGCCGAGCGCGCCAUCAAGACGAUCAACAUUCGAGAACAGACCGAGAAGCUCAACGUCUGGAUCGCCUACCUCAACUUGGAGGUUGCCUACGGCACCAAGGCUUCCACCGAGGAAGUCUUCAAGCGCGCCUGCCAGUACAACGACGAGCAGGAGGUUCACGAGCGUCUGGCCAGUAUUUACAUCCAGUCCGGAAAGCUCAAGGUAAGCAUUCUCAGUACUCCGUGGAACUCAAACGUUACUAACGCAUCCAUACAGCAAGCGGAUGAUGUCUUCCAGUCACUAGUCGCCAAGUUCAAGUCAAAGUCACCAAAGGUAUGGGAGAACUACGCCCACUUCCUCCACGUGACGAUGAACGAGCCCGACCGCGCGCGCGCCCUCCUGCCCCGCGCGACCCAAGCCCUGGAGGAGCGUCACACAGCGCAGCUGAUGGCCUCCUUUGGUGCCCUCGAGUUCAAGUCGCCCAACGGCGAUGCCGAGCGCGGCCGCACGACGUUCGAGACGAUCCUCGCUACGUGGCCGAAGCGGUUUGAUCUGUGGAACCAGCUGGCGGAUCUCGAGGUCGCGGCCGCCGAGCCGGACACCACGGCGAUCCGGGACGUGUUUGAGCGGGGUACCAAGGCCAAGGGCCUGAAGCCCAAGAAGGCGAUGAAGUGGUUCAAGAGGUGGGCCGAUUGGGAGGAGAAGAUCAGCCCCAAGGGUCGGGAUAAGGUGAUGGCCAAGGCUCAGGAGUGGGUUGCCGCGGCGAAGGCCAAGAAGGGCGCUGCUGCUGAGGAGGACGAUGAGGAGUAA